GAGGGUUGGCGACACUUUGGCAUAGAUUGACUUAUACAGCCAUGAAUUACCAACCUCAUAUGUGUGCAUGGAUGUUGAAGUGGCCGAUUAAAAUCCGUACCUUUCCAUCCUGGCCGAGUUGGUGGUUUAUUAAGGGUCUUUGAAACCCAACCACCUGUGAGCAAGCAUGAGGGGGUAAAACCGGGAGGGCGGUAGCGCAAAAAGUGCGUCAAAUCGUCCGGUUCAAAUUGCGUCAUGCAAAGGGAGCGCAGCGCGCCUUCUCAAUCUCCACCUCCUGAACCUUCCCCGUGCACCAUUACCCUCAUCGGGACCACAACAAUUGGCAUGGGAAUGAGGAGGCAACAGUCCAUCCCGUCAGGGCUCAAAUCGGGCAACAGGACCCCUCGUUUCCUUAGUUAGGUGGGUGAAUUCGCAUGACCGUUGGUUUCUUGCGUCGCCUUUCUGAGAUCCUGUGAGCAAUCUAGCCAAACAUAUAAAAGAGCGGUGUGGAUUGAAGUUCCAUAUCAGUUGGUUCUUAAAUCAGAUCAUCUUUAGACAAUCAAAAACAACAAUCAUGCUCUCAAAGAUCCUUUGUCUCUCAGCCUUGGCUACUGUUGCCAUGUCUGACGACGCCCCCUACAAACCACCUCAGAGAAGCUAUAAACCCGCCCCUUCUCCAUCUUACCAGCCUGCUCCCAAGCCCACUUCCUACAGUCCUACUCCGUCUUAUCAGCAACCAAAAUCGAGCUAUCGACCCGCUCCGGCUUACAAGGCUGAGCCCAGUUACAAGCCCGCUCCCACCCCGGCCUACAAGCCUGCCCCCACCCAAAGCUACAAACCGGAGCCUAGUUACAGCCGACCCGCUUCUUACAAGCCCACUGCAUCCUACCAGCCCAACUCUUAUGAAGAACCCAAAUAUGAAGACCAUGAGGCUAAAUAUGCUUAUCAAUAUUCGGUCCUUGAUGAAUACUCCAACAACAAUUUCGCACACAGUGAGAGUCGUGAGGGUUACAAAACCAAUGGCGAGUAUCGUGUUGCUCUCCCUGAUGGCCGUACACAGAUUGUCACCUAUACUGCCGAUGAAAAUGGUUAUGUCGCUGAUGUGAAGUAUGACGGUGAGGCCCAGUACCCCAAAUACGAACCUCAACAAGGUUACAAGGCUAAGCCCCAAGGAUACCAACCCGCUCCAUCACCGUCUUACAAACCUGCCCCUGCUCCUUACAAGCCUACCCCUGCUCCUUACAAGCCCGCCCCUGCUCCUUACAAGCCCGUAGAAUGA